AUGUCUGCCCCAGAAACCGCUACCAGAUUCGCCUCCGCCGAAACCUCCUCCGUCGCUGGUGGGCAACUCAUCGGACGCUCCAACAAAGGCGCCAUCGCACCCAAGGAAGCUCUGAAACUCCGUUUGGACCUCAAUCUGGAGGUGGAAAUCGCCAUCCAAGCCAAGGUCAACGGCGACAUUACCCUCUCCCUUCUAUUCUGCGGGAUAUAUCAGGAUGCAAGUAAUUAUUGUAAGGUUCUCCAAAGCAAUGUCGUUCAUUACUUGGGAUUGACACCACCAAAAUUCGGAUUACGUUUCGCCAUUAGAUUCCUCGCUUCAUGAGAAGUAUAUCAAGCGUUUCUAUACCUAUCUGUGUGAUGAUAUCAAUGCCAGUGAUUUUGAG